GUCGUACAGGGGGGUCAGGUGGGCCGGGGGGGCUGCCCUCUGACAUGACCCUGUCACAUGAGAAGGGAGCCAACACGCACUGUAAGCUGGACAAGCAGCUGACUUUAAGGUUAUGAGUCUGACAAGAGGGAAAAUCUACUGAGUGAGAAUGAACAUUUGUAAUCGAGAGGGGGGUCGCUGUGCAGAGAUGGCAAUGGUAUGCCUGACGGAUUUUGAGGAGUAUGCCAAGGAGCAUCUCUCAAAGGCCACCUGGGAUUAUUACGCAGCCGGAGCAGACGAGUGCUGCACCAGGGACGACAAUCUGCUGGCCUAUAAAAGGAUCCGUCUGAGGCCUCGGAUCUUGCGGGAUGUGUCGGUGAGCGACACACGGACCACCGUGCAGGGGACAGAAAUCAGUUUUCCUGUGGGCAUCGCACCUACGGCCUUCCACUGCCUGGCCUGGCAUGAGGGAGAGGUGGCCACAGCUCGGGCCACGGAGGCCCUGAACACCUGCUACAUCACCAGCACCUACUCCACCUGCUCGGUGGAGGAGAUCGUGGCAGCAGCACCGAACGGAUACCGCUGGUUCCAGCUGUAUGUGUACCGGGACCGGAAGCUCUCAGAGCAGAUAGUGCACCGUGUCGAGGCGCUGGGAUACAAGGCCCUGGUCCUCACCGUCGAUGUGCCCUACACCGGAAAGCGCCGCAAUGACAUCCGCAACCAGUUCAAGCUACCGCCUCACCUCAAGGUCAAGAACUUUGAUGGUGUUUUCCAGCAGGAGACUGCAGGGCCAGAGGAUUAUGGGAUCCCGGCCAACACCUUGGACCCAUCUAUCAGCUGGAAAGACGUGUACUGGCUGCAGUCCAUCACCCGCCUGCCCAUUAUCAUCAAGGGCAUCCUGACCAAAGAGGACGCGGAGCUGGCCGUGGAGCACGGCGUCCAGGGCAUCGUUGUCUCAAAUCACGGAGGGAGACAGCUGGACGGAGGACCGGCCUCGAUUGAUGCGCUGUCAGAGAUUGUGGACACGGUGCAAGGCAGGAUCGAGGUCUAUGUGGACGGAGGCAUCAGGACAGGAAGUGAUGUUUUGAAAGCACUGGCCUUGGGCGCCAAGUGUGUUUUCAUUGGCCGUCCAGCAGUGUGGGGCCUUGCGUACAAGGGAGAGGAGGGAGUGAGGGAGGUACUGCAAAUCCUGAAUGAUGAAUUCCGUUUGUCCAUGGCUUUAUCGGGCUGCAGGAACGUCGCUGAAAUCAACAGGAACCUGAUUCAAUUCGCCAAACUGUAACUGGCCAGAAGGAGGCAACAGUGUGGACUACGACGGCAGCCCCCCCCCCCCCC